AUGUCGUCAGCCAUACCCACCAGCGCGUUGUCGCGCACUCGCUCCCUGCGCAAACCGAGUACCACGCCGGAUGCGACAAGCGCCAGCGGUGAGAGCAAGCGCAAUGUGUCUCCCAGCAGACUACCCCUCAAGGGACAGGUGCAGACCUCCACGGCAUCGCCCGCUGCAACGCGCACGUCAAGAAGCGCCACCACCAGCGCCGGCACAGGCACGGGCACGGGCACGGGCACUGUGAAGAGCAGCCGACCGUUAUCGGGAGUCUUCUCGCGCAUCACCACGUCCUCCUCCACUCGCCAGCGUGAGAAGGACAGUCCCGGCCCUCAGGCGUCGCCCCCGAGUCGUCUCGCCCGGGCAUCUUCAACACGCCAGUCGUCCACUUCAACCCGGCCGGCCGCACCGGGUGCCGACUCCAAUGUGCCCUCAGCAGCUCGGCCCACCACGUCCUCUGGCGUUCCGACCUCACGGCGGGUUGCUUCCGGAGUGAGCACCGGGUCCAAACCGGGCCACGCCCGCGCAAAGUCUUCUGUGACAGCCCUAUCCGGCGCCACCACCCUGCGUCCGCCCUCCCAGACCUCCUCUGCCAGCUCUUCCACCACCACGGCGACGGCGACGGCGGACCGCUCCCGCCCGCCCUUAUCGAGUCUCGGCCCAUCCCUAAGACCGAAACCGAAGCCACAACAACAGCAAGCCCAAGGCGGGCAAACCACCAACAACAACAACAACACCACCACCAAACUCGAACCCCGCCCGGCCUUCACCACCCACCAGCAGCAUUAUUCCCCCGCCAAAUCGCUCGCGCCCAAGCCACUGACCUCGACCUUUCUCGCGCCUCCCUCCCCCUCCAAGCUGCCGUCCAACAUGGCGCUCUCGGCCGAGACGGCCCGCCUGCAGACCGAGCUGCUCCAGCUGCACCUCCUGCACCGCGACGCCGCCGCGACGCUGGAAGGGUGGAAGCGCAGCGCCAGGGAGAAGCUGCGAGGCAGGUUCGAGGACGUGAGGUUGCGCGAGGAGGAGGUCAGUCGUCUGGAGAGUGAGGUGCAGGAGGAAGGCAAUGCUGCGGCGCUGCUGGAGUGGGGCUCGCUGUCACUACUGCCACUACCACCACUACCGCCGGGGGAGUCUGGGUUAUUGUUUGGAUCUAGUAAUAGAUUGGAGCUGUUGGACGAGAAGGUGGCGAUGCUGGAUCAGGUUGUUACGGGGUUGUGGAGCGUGGUGGGUGAGCGGGUCAUGCUUGCCCGCAGACAGCAACAAGAACAACAAGAACAAGAACAAGAAGAACAACACCCCCACCAAGAGGGAGAUGGGCCGCCAGAGGGGGAGGUGGAGGAGAUGGUCUUCAUCGAGGAGUUGGACGCAUCCUGGAAGGAGGAGUGUGGCGCGCUCGUGCGCAGGCUGGAUGAGUGGCGGAGGGUGUUGCGCGAGCUCCCUGAUCCCAUUACCAUUCCUGCUUCUUCUACUUCUUCUGCUACUUCUACUGCUGCUACUACUAUCACAGAAAAAGGAGGAGAAGAGGAAGAGCAGGAGGGCCAAAGAGGCAAUCCUUCCAGCUUGGACAGGAUGUUGGCCGGCUGUCGGGCGCUGGUGCACGGCAUGCUGGCCGAGCUGAAUCUCAUGGAGCAGAUUGAGCGGGAGGCGGCGGCCGAGGAGAUGCGGUGGGUGAGGGAGAUGAAUAGGCGGGGAUUGGGAGGGAUGGAUGAGGGUGCCCCGAGGGCGGGGGCCAUCUGGCGGGUCCUAUGAGCGGGACAUAUUCUAGCAUCGCAUCGCGUAAAUGCUCUUUUCUUCAUGGCGCGAUGGAAGGCCAGCGUAGCUUGUUUUACAUUCAAGGACUCUCAGCUUCUUGCAUGUAAAAGUUGAUGGGUGGACAUGGUUAUUAUAUACCCGUUUAGUCGGCCAGGGAAAACAGCCAAUAUCAUCCAUAGCAGAGACUAUCACGUACCCCUUACAAGCUGGUG